AUGGAGGACUCGCGAGGCCUCCGGCCACCAGAGGAGCAGUGCCCGCGCCAAGUGCCGGGACACAGGAAAACCUGCUCGUCCGCUUUUCGGCGGGAGCGUGACUCGGCGCCUUCGAGGCUCGCGAAAGCGCCGCGGCUGACCAUGGAACACCUGAAGACCGGAGCGCACCUCAGCGGCGACUGCGGCAACCAGGACGCUGUGGCUCCGGCCUGGUUCGACAGGCACAAGUACGAGAGGGCCCGAGAGAUCUUCAGGGAACACAUCUUCAGCUUUUUCUUCGCGCACCUGGUGGGCCUAGCCAUGGUGGUGACCAGGAACUCCAUCCUGGACCCCCUUGUGUUCACCGGCCAUUCCAACAGCUUAGCAUCCCUGUACCGCCGCUACCUCAGCACCCUGAGGCACGUCAAGAGCUGGUACGAGGGUGACAUCUGGAAGCCGGGAGACCCGGCCCACACGAGCAUCUCCAAAGUCCGCCAGAUGCAUCGUCACGUGGCCGGUCAACUCGAGGGUCGCACCUGUCCGGUGACGAACGCCCGCUACCUGUCCCAGCUGGACAUGGCCAUCACCCAGUUCGCCUUCAUGGGACUGAGCGUCCUCUACCCGCGCCAACUUGGACUGUUCCUCGCUGAACGAGACCUGGAGUGUGUCAUCCACUUCUGGAGGACCGUCGGCUACAAGUUGGGCAUUGCAGACUGCUACAAUCUCUGCUCGGGGAACUACGAAGAGACUUUCCAGAUAUGCUUCGAGAUGCAGGAAACCCUCAUCAAGCCGGCACUGGUGAAUCCUUCUCCGCAAGGUGCCACGAUGAGCAAGAACAUCAUAUGUGCCGUACGCGUGCUGGUGAUUUUUCUCAGCUACGAGGGCAUGAUGGCCUUCUGGGCGAGACAGAUCGGACUCAACUUCAACGCCACGCUGAGUCUGUACGACUGGUGGAGCUACUCCUUGAUUUGGUUCACCUUUAACGUGCUGCUCAGAUACAACUAUUGGAGAGGUAUGUUCAACUGGCUCUUGAGGCUCGCGAUUAGGCGAGGCACCAAGUUCGGAGGAUACUUUCAGAAACAGCUCGAGCUGCAGGAAAUAACGAGCAAAGCCUUGCGGCUCAGUUACGCUUAUCGCUAUCAGUGAGGAUUAUCGCCGUAUCGAUGUCUGUAUUUUUGAUGUUGCGAACGUUAUCAGCUCGCCGAUAGCAUAGCCGUUCCAGGCGGACAUCAUGCAAAUACUGCACGCGAGCAUGCCAAACACGCUUCCUUGAACACUGCACGCUUGAGCGUCACCAAAUGGCAACUAAAUAACACGCUGUAAGCAUGCGGUAUACUACCCAAGACUUCUCGGGUCUUCAAAAGGAGGUAUUUAUUAUGUUAGCAUGCGGUGGUUGGCUGUUCGUGUUGUGAAACAGCUCCAUUACA